GAAAUUGCAACGGGUAGUGUUUGAUAAUCUUCCUUUAAAAUAAUAUUCAUAAUUCAUAUAGCUUCCUGUGAAAUUACUAAUAAUAAAUGUACUGGUCAAUAAAUUCAAUGGCACACGUACAUAAGAUCAAAUCCUGCGUUCAUUUUGAACCAAGUGUCUCUCAGGUAAAAAUUAAAAAAAUAAUGGAGGGAGGGUUCCCUAUCCAAUUUUUUUAGGAAAGGUGCGCCCAUAAAACGCGGUGUAGGUGCCCGGUGUGCUCAUUCAUUGCACCGCUCUCGAGAACAAACCUACUCGCUCUAUAGUGAAACGCCAGCUAUUACGGCAAACGUACGUUACAAAAUGCUUAAAGGGAUACAAAACGUCACUUACGCCAAAAGUGCCUUACCAAAAAUUUUGCCAAUUGCCCCAGCACUUGAAAGGAAAUGUUUGGAUAUAGAAACUGAAAAGAAGAGGUACAGCUAUACCAACAAUCCAUAUACUGGAGCACAAGCAGCAUCAAUUGCAAGGAGGAACGCCAGAGAAAGAAAUCGCGUGAAACAAGUGAACGAUGGAUUUAAUGCAUUAAGGAAGAGAUUGCCAGCUAGUGUAAUAGCUGCUCUAUCUGGCGGCUCUCGGCGGGGAUCUGGAAAGAAGCUUAGCAAAGUCGAUACACUUAGAAUGGUCGUAGAAUAUAUUAGAUAUUUAGAAACCUUACUGGAUGAGAGUGAUGCCGCUCUUGGAAUACGGAAAGAGGACUCGCAAACUAUUACAAAAGAUAUCAUACUACAUUAUGAAGACGAAGGAAUUUUCGGCGGGAAUUCACCGUAUCCGGAAUCAGUACCAUCUCCUGUUGGAUCAGAGUGUUCUUCUGGUGUGUCAUCUGGCUAUUCACCUAAUAAUAUCUACUAUCCACAUUACCAUAUGACGGAACAGGAAAAUCCUAUGAACGAUAGUGAAUUACUGGAUGCUAUAUCUUGGUGGCAAGAAAAAUAGUAGAUGAUAAAUUGUAAUGUAUGAAUUCUAGUCAUUAAUGAGAUUUUUUUUUAUAAAUGACAAUACUUUAGUAAAGUAUUAAAAGAGUGCUAUAUAUUUCUUAAAAUUUAUGUAAAAAAAUAUAAACAUUAAUUAUAUCUGUGGCUGUGAAGAUUAAAAUAUAAAUAUGUAGAUAGGUACUUAAAUACUCUUUAAAGACUGCUUUUUUCUAUGACCUACGUAGAUA